AUGCCGCAAGUGAAAAGCGUUGCAAUCAUCGGCACGGGGCCGGCUGGGGCUAUUGCUGUCGAUGCCCUGGCGCAGGAGAAAGCUUUUGACCGAAUUCGUGUUUUCGAGCGACAGGAAAAGGCGGGCGGAUGCUGGGUGGCACGACCAGAGGAGAAAGCGGUCCCUCUGGAUGUUGAGAAACUCUCAGCAAGAAUAGCUGAUGCCCCGCUUCCGAUCCCUGAAAGUCUUCCCCAAUAUACGCCGACAUCAUCGCAACAUCGCUUCACUGACUCGCAUGUCUACCCCAAUCUGCAUACCAAUGUGGAUGCUGCCACCAUGGGGUAUUCCCUGGAACCGAUCCCAGUUGUUCGCUCUGAAUGGUCAAUUGGACUUCACGGGCCCGACACACCGUUCCGCCAUCAUACAGUGAUUCGGCAAUAUGUCGAAGAUCUUCUCAAUCGUAAUGGCUACCAAGAUCUGGUUGAGUACAACACCACUGUAGAAUCCGCCGUGAAAGAUCCUCAGUCUGACCAAUGGGUUUUGACCCUCCGACGAGCGGGCAAGCCUGGAGGAACUGACUAUUGGUGGAGCGAAACCUUUGAUGCCCUUGUUGUUGCCUCGGGGCAUUUCGCAGUACCAUACGUACCGGCCAUCCCAGGUCUCAAGGAGUUCGUAGAGAAGUACCCCGAGAAUGUCUUACACACAAAACAAUAUCGUGGUCCGGAACAAUUUCGAGGCAAGAAGGUCGUCACGGUUGGAGCCUCAGUGUCUGCGGCAGACACUGCUGUUAGCCUGAUCGGCUCUGCUCAGUCACCCAUCUAUGCCGUUGUCCGCGGCAAGUACAAUCCCUACUUUGGUGACGAAGCAUUCAAGCAUCCUCAGAUUGAGCGGCGGCCACCGAUCGCGCAUGUCUCCUGCGAGGACGGAGACCGCACUGUUCACUUCGAGGACGGGACCUCGGUCUCAGGCGUCGAUUAUAUCAUCUUUGGCACGGGGUUUACCUGGACAUUACCAUUCUUGCCCAAUAUUCCGAUGAGAAACAACCGCAUCCCUGAUGUGUACCUCCACGUCUUCCAUCGGCAGGAUCCGACUUUAAUGUUUAUUGGAGGCGUUGGCGCCGGAUUGACUUUCAAGAUCUUCGAAUGGCAAGCUGUGGCAGCAGCGCGGGUGCUGGCAGGCAAGGCUCAACUACCGCCGCACGAAGAGCGACAGAAAUGGGAGCAGGAUCGGAUUGCAAAGAAGGGCGAUGGGCCGGGCUUCUUGAUGAUAAAUCCCGAGUUCGAGGAAUACUUUGAGCAACUCCGCCAGCUGGCAGGCGAGCCGAACGAGGGCGAGCCGGGGCGUAGACUGCCCCCGUUUGAGCAAUCCUGGGUCGACCUGUUCAACGCAGGCCACGAGCGCCGGAUCGAAAUGUGGAAAAAGGCCAAUACGACUGCAGCGGGAAGCAGGCUCAAACAAUGCGUUCGACGGUCGCUUCCGUCAUUGUGGUCUGAUUCUCCGGGCAACUACAGUAGUAUCAUCACUACAGCCUUUCCUCUGGGCAAUGGACGGUUAGGAGCACGAACCAACGUUCUAUUCAAGGCCUAUACCGGUGGUAAUCCGAACGUCUCCAAAGCCGACGCUUUGCCCGGGAUCAGGGAAUGGAUCUUCCAGAACGGAACCGGCAAUGUGACUGCUCUGUAUGGAGAAUUCCCGGACUACGGCUCCUACCAGGUUUUGGGCAAUUUAACCAUCGAUCUGGGAGAGUUGGGGGCUGUGUCCAACUACCGGCGUAGCCUCGACUUGGAGUCUGGCGUUUACCUGGAUCAGUUCAAGACUGGCAAUGUCGACAUCACUAGAGAAGCAUUCUGUUCGUAUCCGGAUCAAGUCUGCGUCUAUCGACUAGCAUCCAACCGAUCCUUGCCGACAAUCACUUUCGGGCUGGAGAAUCAGCUCUCGUCUCCAACCCCGAAUGUAACCUGCCAGGGGAAUAGCAUAAGUCUGUACGGCGUCACCGCGCCUACCAUUGGCAUGAUCUACAAUGCCCGAGCGACGGUAGUUGUCCCCGGAGCGAAAACCUCGAGCAACUACUGCUCACGGAACAACGCCACCGUCAACGUUCCCAAAGGUCAACGUGAGGUAUUCCUCAUCUUCGCCGCCGGGACCAACUACGAUGCGGCCAAGGGCAACGCUGCGGCUGGAUUCUCAUUCCGAGGGCAAGACCCCUACCAGCAAGUGCUGCAGACCGCGACAAGCGCCGCUAAAAAGCCGUACGCGCAAUUGAAAUCAGCGCACCUGAAGGACUUCCAAGCACUCUCGGGUACCUUCGAGCUCACCCUGCCAGACCCGAACAACUCCUCCAGCAAGCCGACCACGGAGCUAAUUGACUCGUAUACGCUGCCCGGGGAUCCGUUCGUCGAGAACCUGCUAUUCGACUACGGUCGAUACCUCUUCAUCUCCUCCUCGCGGCCAGGAAGUCUGCCGCCCAACCUGCAAGGGCUGUGGACGGAGUCCUACUCCCCCGCGUGGAGCGGCGACUACCACGCCAACAUCAACCUGCAGAUGGCGCACUGGGCUGUCGAGCAGACGGGUCUGGGGGAGUUGACGGAGCCGCUGUGGCGAUACAUCACGGAGACGUGGAUGCCGCGAGGGGCGGAGACGGCGGAGCUGUUAUACGGGGCCAGCUCCGGGUGGGUGACGCACGACGAGAUGAACACUUUUGGGCAUACAGCCAUGAAAAACGACGCGCAAUGGGCCAACUACCCCGUCUCGAACGCCUGGCUCGCCCACCACGUGUGGGACCACUUCGACUACACGCAGGAUUCGGCCUGGUACGAGGAGACGGGGUAUCCGAUAUUGGCCGGGGUGGCCGAGUUCUGGCUGUCGCAGCUGGUGGAAGACGAAUACUUCCACGACGGCACCUUGGUCGUCAACCCGUGUAACUCGCCUGAACAUGGUCCAACCACAUUCGGCUGCACGCACUACCACCAACUCCUCACCGAACUCUUCACCCACCUCCUCACCACCCCCUCCAAAAAGACCACCAACAACGCCCUCCCCACAACCCUCUCCAAAACCCUCCCCAACCUCUCCCCCGGCCUGAUAAUAGGCUCAUGGAACCAAAUCCAAGAAUGGAAACUCGACCUCGACACCCCCGACGACACGCACCGCCACCUCUCCAACCUCUACGGCUGGUACCCCGGCUCCUCCAUCUCCAGCCCCUACGGCCGUAACACCACCGUCACCGCCGCCGUCACUACGACCCUGAUCUCCCGCGGCAACGGCACGGAAGACCAGAACACGGGGUGGGCGAAAGUCUGGCGCAGCGCGUGCUGGGCCAACCUCAACGAUACCGCCAACGCGUACGCGGAGCUGACCCUCGCCAUCCAGGAGAAUUUCGGGCCGAAUGGGCUGAGUCUCUACGGGGGCAGUGUGCCGUUCCAGGCGGAUGCGAAUUUCGGGGUCGUGGGCGCCGUGCUGGAGUUUCUGGUGGUGCAGGAGGUGGUGUUGGGGCCGGCGAUUCCUGAGGCUUGGGGCAAUGGGGAGGUGAAGGGGGGGAGGGUGAGGGGGGGUGGAAGGGUGAGUUUUGGGUGGGAUGCGGAGGGGGUGGUGGAUUGGCAUCGGCCUCGCCGUCUCGCAAUCCUAACCGCCCGGACCCAGGAAGGGAGAAUCCUCACCAACCCUCUCGAGAUCACCGACCGCCCCGCCGUCGACGCCUGGAUCCAUCAGACGGUUACGCAUUUCGGCCGCCUAGACGGCGCGGCCAAUAUGGCCGGCAGCACGGCGUGGGCGCGCUGA